CUUAACAGCUGCACCCGAAGCUUGGCCAGUUGUUGUCGAACAGCUGAGCAGUGCGGCCGCGUGCCAGUACUACUCCUGGUCACCUGGUCUGUCUGGCUCUGUGUGGUUGUGUUGUUUCGCGCCCCGCCGGCAGCGAUCGAAUUGCAGUGGAAACGGUUCACACCGAUCAACGCGCACACCACUCGGCAGAGCACGGGACGAUCGAGCCUUCACCAGUGUGUGUGUGCCGUGUAUGAGUUUCAGAAAUGAGAGGAAUGAUUGAUGUGUUUUGAGUAUUUGGUGUGUGUAUGUGCGAGUGACAGCAAGUAGACGCGCGGUAGUGCUACCGGAAGUUGUGAAAUUUUACACGAAUUCGCAAGCAUGUGAAAACAAAAGCGAUCGGUUUUUUGUCACAGUUUGUGAGAUUUUUUGUUGUUGUUGUUGUUGUUUUUUUUGUUUUUGGACAAAGUGAAAAUUGAAGUACGGAAAAUUGUCAACCAAAAACCCUCACUCUAGCAACCAAUCAAACGUGAACAACGAAAAGGUUUGAACGCCUGAAUAUUCGUCUCAAGUUUUGUGCAGAUUCUCCGGGCUCUUUGCUUCCUCUCUUGCGGUGCCCCUAUUCUACCAAUGUCCUGCGAGGGCGGCCAGCUAUCAACCGAUUGAUGUGUUUCUGGUGUGUGCGUGUUUUGACGCGUGUGCGUGCGUGUGCGUGUAUGUGCAUAUUUCAACCAAGUUUUCACGCUCGAUAAAGGUUCAUUAGUGGCUAGUUCUUCCGUUGCGGCAAAUUCGCCGGUUUGAAAUACACUUCCAAAUUCUGCGUUUCCGGAGUGCUGACUGGGCCGUCUAUGUGUAUGUGUGUAUGUGUGUGUGUGUGAGUGUAUAUGUGAGAGUUUGUUUUCAUUCUCCUUCUCUCUUCGUCAACACGACACGCAGUGUAGCCCGAAACUCGAAACCACUGCACUGGUUUUUUUUUGCGGCCCCGCAAGUUUUUGUUUCCUAUUUCCCUGCUGCUGCUGCUGCUGCUGCUGCUUCCUCUGGUUUCGGUGACUUUCAUCAAUCAAUCAUACGCCGCAGCGCGCGUUACGGCAGCCACGCCUCUGCGUGGUGGCCGUGGUCGAGCAGCUUCAAUCAAAUCUAAUCCCGGGCCCGCCGGCUUCCGGUUCGGAUUUUCCAGCAAAGCCCCGCAGUCUGUGCAGCGCCCCAGGCACACACACACACGCACAGACCGUUUACACCGCCGGGCGUACGGGUAUGGUACAAGUGGCAGCCUUUGGCGGUGCGGAGCGAACGCCCCAUUGCGAAAGAAUAGAGAGCGCGUACGUGCUCUGUGGGACAGAGGAUAUUGAUCAAGUGCGACCGACCAUCGAUUGGUAAAAGGAAGUAUAGCUGAGCCGUAACCUAGCGACAGGAUGAGAUCGCCGGCGCUCGGCGACGGCAAGGGCAUCCCGGAGGAGCUGGUGUCCGCGGUGAUGCAGGUGCUGCUGGGCGAGAAGAACUACAGCGUGAACGGGGACUACAGUGCGCCGUACCUGAAGCCGGUCGUCGCCCGCAUCUACCCGCUGUUCAUACUGCUGUACGCGAUACCGACCGCGCUCGGGCUGACGCUGAACGUGAUGAUCAUCGUGUACAUCAGCAAGUACAAGCUGUACCGGGACGUGACGCACGCGUUCCUGGUCAACCUGGCCGUCUGCCACUGCGUGCAGUGCGCGUUCGUGCUCCCGAUCACGCUCAUGGUGAUGAUCAUCCAGAACUGGGUGUUCGGCCAGUUUCUCUGCUUCUUUCUGCCGCUGCUGCAGGACAUCCCGCUGCAUGUGGCCAUGCUGUCUCAUCUGCUGAUUGCCUGGGACCGCAAACGGUGGCUCACCGAUCCGCUCAAGGUGCGGCUGCCGGCGUUCGUGUGCAGCUGCGCUUCCUGGCUGGCCGGGCUGGUCAUCGCCCUGCCGUACCCGAUCUACACCACCUAUCUGGACCUCGAGAAAUAUCUGCCGGGCUUUGCCGGCGUGGGCAUCUGUGCGGUCAACCUGGUGGACGACAUGCAGGAGUACAUGCGGGGCCUGUUCGUGAUCAUGUACUGCGCACCGAUGACUCUGCUGGGCUAUCUCUACAUCCGCACGUCCCGUGAACUGCGUCCCCCGGACGGACCACUCUCGAUAAUGAUGUUCGAGGCUCGGGCCGAAGCUCGCAGCCGUCAAAUACGCCUGUCCAAGGUGGGUGGCGCAAGCGGCAACCCAGCAGCAACCGGUGGCGGGACGGCCGAGCAGCAGGGCGGAGCAGCCGGUUCCGCGACCGCCAACCUGGCCGGCAACGCCCGGACAUACGAUCUGUACGACGCGGAGGCGGACGUCAACCGCGAAAAGCGCACCCAGCGGCAUCUCGGUGCGAUGGCCUCCUCCCAGGUGCUGUGCGUCUGUCCGCUAAUGAUCCUCAGGCUCGCCCGUAUGACGGUGGCGGAGACGUACGAGAACCAGGCGCACUACGACAUCACCUUCCUGAUGUUCGUCUGGAUCGCCUUCCUGCCGACCAUCAUCGUGCCGUGGAUCUAUGCGGCCUGGGUGCUCUCGAAACCAACAAAGGAGCGUCUCCGUGGCUACCUGCGGCUGUCGUCCCGGCGCAACACCACCACCCGCUCGGAGCAGUCGCUGGACGAGCCGGGCAGCACACCCCCCGGCAAGAACGUCCCACCGGCCACGCCCCUCUCCUCCGUCGGGGUCCCGCUCAAACCCUCCGCCACGGCGGGGGCAGGCCGGCCGGGCUCCCCACCAUCCCACCGGCGCACCGGCUCGCACGGCCGCCCAGGGGCACCGGGCAGCACCCGGACCGGCUCCCUCCACACCGACACCCCGCUCACCGUCACCACCUCGAUGACGGAGCCGACGAAAUCGCCCGCCGGCAGCAGCAGUGCGCGCACCGUCGAGACGACCAUCUCCCGCCAAUCCUCGAUCGGGCGGCCCCGCCGCCAGCUGCCCCCGCCGCUCCGCAUCGAGGAGAGCAACUUCCACCAAGCGCCCUCGGUCCGGUCGUCCUCCCGCACGCUCGCCUCCUCCUCCGCCACCGCCCACAACUCCUCCGUCCGGUCGACGGCGAGCCGGGCGAGCCGGGCGAGCAGCACCGCCCCGCUCUACCCCUCGCGCCGCUACAGCACCCACAGCCGGCAGCUCUCGUCCGCCCUGUCCCAGGCCGAGGACGAAGAUGACGUCAGCUCGCUCGUCGGCAACAGCUCGGACAUUACCUCCAGCACGUACUGCUGCACAGGCGAGGGGGCCGGCGGUGGCGGCGGCGGCGGCGGCUACGGGGACGAUCCGCUCGGUGCGCGCCGCUCGCUGACGGGCCCGCUGGGCGCCCCGUACCGGCGGCGCAGCUCCGCCCAAACCGCCGCCUCCAGCCACCUGUCGGCCGCCCGGCCCCUCUACCCUCCUUCCUCCGCCGACGAGCUGCGGGACGACGGGAUGGUGGCGAGUGCGGCCGCACCGAACGGGGGGCCGCCGGUCCCCCCCGACAACGAUGACGACGAGGACGACGAGUCGGAGAUCUUCAGCUCGGUGUCGCAGCCGUCCGCCCGCAAGCGCCCGGUUGGCAUCCUCAAGGCGACGCCCUCGAUCGUGUCGAUCAGCGAGAGCGAGUACUCGUCGCGCAAGGGCUCGUUCAGCACGCUGUCCCGCGACCUCGAGAUCAUCGACCAGCUCGAGCGGGAGCGCAGCAUGGACAUCCAGGAGAUGAUCCAGCGCGAGAAGUCGUACGAGCAGUAUCUGUCGCGCCAAAACUCCAAGCUCAAGUUCUCCACCAACUUUGACGACUACUUCGAGGCGGCGGCGGCGGCGGCGGCCGCCUCCCUGCCCGAGCCACCGAUCGUGGCGCCGUCCCAUCAGGCGGGCGGUGCGCAGCUGCCCCCGCAGCCCGGCUCCACCACGCUGGGGGGCAGCCUGUCCCCGCGCCGGUCCCGCUCGCCGAUGCAGCGGCGCAACAGCCAGCUGCAGCCGGUCGGUGUGCCGCUCGCGCUCGACCGGGGGCAACCGUUCGGGCCGCGGCGCUCGAUCGAGCUCGAGCGGCGCUUCCACCGGACGUACUCGACCAGCGGCUCCACCCGCAGCUCGACCAAAUCGCGCGACCGCAUCACCUUCCAGGACGACGUCUGAGUGUUGGGCCCGGGUGGUGGUGGUGGUGGUGGUGGUGGUGGUGGUGGUGGUGGUGGUGAUGGUGCAGCGAAGCUGGCGGUCCACCGGGCCGUGCGCAGCCCGGGCCGCGAUCUGCUUGUGUAGAUUGGUGCGACGACCCCACCACCAAACCACUCCCAGCCCAGCCCACAAUUUUGAUGAGAGGAGAGGGCAAGGGGGCGAACGAAACAACUGGCAGGUGGUUGCAAGUGGGUGGGUGUAUGUGUGUGUGUAAAACUAACAUGCAGUCAGGGAUGUACCAAAUCGGGUAAUUUCAAAUUUGGGAAAAAAUCCUCGGAAAAAAACGGUAUUUUCCCGGGUAAAUUAGGGGUUUUCAAUGGCUGAUGUCAGUUUUUGACUGUUGGACGUAAUUGAUAUCUAUGACAUGGCUACAAUGGACCGGUAUUCAAAGGAAAUUUGAAAUAAUACUGAACGUGUUAACAAGUAUGGAUGCACGAAGUUUGAAUGUUUCCAGUAGAAUACAUCUUAAAUGAAGAACAUAGAAAACAUGCGUGCGCUACUACUUCUAACUGAAAGCGCUUAAGCACUUGUACUAGUGAUGAGGUCAUUCGGGUUAGGAUGGGGUAAAAGUAGGUUCAAUACCCGAACUGAACGGGUCGGAGUCGCUUAUGCUUGUUCGCUCCUACUGCUGAAAGGCAGGUCGUGAAAUGAAUCGUAGGUGCCAUCUCUAAAUUCUGCGAAUGCUCGUGGAUAGCGUCAUUUUGUAUGUAGGGGAAGGUAGGUAAAGACGGACACGUUAAGGGAAAUGGUAAAAAUCUAGCGAUAUAUAAGUGCAACGACCAUGAAAAUGUGCAUCUUACACUCAUGUUUUAGCAGAAAAUGUGUUGAAUCUUUUAAGUUUCCAUCGAUUUUAGCGUUUUUUUUGUCAUGAAUUAAAAACAUGAUUUUUUUUCGUGCAGUUUUAAAAUGUUCCGGUGAGACCAUGAAGGGUAAGAUAGACACCUUUAAAAACACGAUGGAAAUUGAAGAGGUUUUUAGAAUUUUAACAUUUCCUAUUGGUUUCCAUAUUCUGGUACGUACAUAAACCAAUUCUAGGCCAAUUGGAAUGACGAUUCAUUCAGCCUUUGGGACCGCUUCUAAUAUACCGUAGAAUGCAGCAUUUAAUGUAUUAUUGAAAUAUUAUUAUGAUUAUUAUUAUUAUUAUUAUUAUUAUUAUUAUUAUUAUUAUUAUUGUUAUUAUUUUUAUUAUUAUCAU